GGUAAUUCUGCUCCUGCUGCGACGAAAACAUGCAUUCCCGGCGAACAUAACUGAAGACGUGACGACGCCGACCAAAGAAAAUUUUGCUAAUGCAGUUUUGCAUGACGAAAAUGAUUCGGCCGGUGUUAGACCAAAUAAAAGUGAUGUGCCCACAUUGACAAGUGAGCAGUGGGCUUCGUUUAUGGCCUAUGUAAAGAGCACUAAAAAUUCAGGUGAAGGAAUUGUAGAUGCGAAAUUUGGUAUCCCGUGGAUGCUUGACACGGGUGGGUGCCUCAUACCAUAUGACUAGCUAGAGCAAAAUUCUUGCUCUCCGAUUUACAGCCUAUCUCAACCUCACCCGUCACUUUACCCAAUGGGGAAGUAACAGAAGCAACACAUUGCGGACGGGUGAAAUUGGGGCCAGGAAUAUAUUUGAACAAUGUUUUAUAUGUUUGUGUAAUCUCAUUUCGGUAGGACGCCUUAUCGAUGAUCUAUCAUGUUUUGUUAUAUUUACUAAUAAGUAUUGUGUGAUACAGGACCUCACAUUGAAGACGCUGAUUGGAGCGGGUGAGCGCCGUGGUGGGGUCUACUAUUUGUGUGGUAUAGGGCGCAUCCAGAGUUCUCAUACCGUAAGUUUGGAGGAUAAUAUUUUAUGGCACCAACACAUGAGUCAUCCCUCAUCAAGAGUGGUUCGUUUGCUUCCAGUUUCUAUCAAGAAUUCUGUUAGUAAUAAUUGUUUUAAUAAAGAUUGUGAUGUUUGCAUGAGGGCUAAACAGACACGUGAAUGCUUUCCCGUUAGUACCAACCGUGCUUUAAAUAUAUUCGAGUUGAUACAUUGUGAUGUUUGGGGGCCAUAUCGGGAACCUAGUACUUGUGGAUCUCGUUAUUUUUUUACACGAUUAUUCGCGGGCGACAUGGGUUCAUCUUAUGACUGAAAAAUCCGAAGUUCCAUUAAUCAUGCGGCGAUUCUUUUCUAUGGUGAAAAAUCAAUUUGAUACUCGACUUAAAAUUGUCCGGGCCGAUAAUGGUACAGAAUUUCAUUCAUCCUUUGCGCUCUUAUUUUCAAGAAGAAAGUAUUUUAUUUCAAACUUCAUGCGUUGGCACACCUCAACAAAAUGGACGUGUUGAAAGAAAACAUCGUCACAUUCUCAAUGUUGCCCGUGCUUUAAGAUUCCAGGCAAAUUUACCUAUUCAGUUUUGGGGAGAUUGUAUUUUAAUUAAUGGCACUCCAUCUUUGAUAAAUGCUGGGAAAACACCAUAUGAAAUGUUGUACUCCCUCCGUAACUUUAAAAUCUUCCCAUUUCAAAAGUAGGUAGAUUAAGAAUAGUGAAAGAUGAUAUGAAUUAUUGAGGGUAUGAUGGGAAAAUAGUGGAGUAAUGUGGUGGAAUGUAGGAUAAAUCCAAAAAAAAGUAGUUGUAAUAGUGUAUUAUUUUAAGAAUUAUUGAGGGUAUGAUGGGAAGAUUUAGAAAUGAGAAGAUUUUUGUGUUACGGACGAAAAAGGAAAGUGAGAAGAUUUUUAAGUUACGGAGGGAGUAUAAAAUUACUCCUUCUUAUGAUGAUAUUUGGGUGUUUGUGCUACGUUGCAUUUAAAGAACGUGGUCGCAAGUGUGUGUUUUUGGGUUAUUCGUAUACACAACGAGGAUGGAUUUACAGUCCAAGAGGCAUUUUGUUUCGAGAGAUGUACAAAUCGUGGAACACGUUUUUCCUUUCUCCACUUUGGAAUCUGAAUGUCCCACGUCUAUAACUCCAUCCCAGCCAAAUUAUUUGCCUCAUAACAAUAUUGAUGAUGAGGUGACCUCAUGGAGUGGAGCCUUUGAACACAUGCAACGUUCUUCUUUGGAUAAUUCUUACACACACUGUGCCCCACAAGCUGACAUACUUGAUGAGCGUCCACUUGAAGCCAUGAUACCUGGUGGAUCUCCUAAUGAUACCGCACUGCCAGAUGACUCCACAAUUGGCGGCCAAUCUCUUUCCCCACGUGGACGCGGUCAUCGAAAGAAGACUCCUUCUGUACGCCUUAACCAUUACUUGACCUCUUAUGCCGCUCAAGUAGACCCCCCCUCGUCACUUCUCCUUCGGUGGCUUCAGCAAUUUCAGUUGAAAAGGAACCUUCUUCUUAUCGGGAAGCUGUUCGUGACCCGCGUUGGCGCGAGGCUAUGCGUCUUGAAAUUGAUGCACUAGAACGAAAUUAAUGGGACAUGGUCUUUAGUUGAAUUACCCACUCAUAAAAAGCCUAUUCAUUGCAAAUGGGUCUACAAAAUUAAAUAUAAUAGUUCUGGCUCUAUUGAACGCUUUAAAGCUCGAUUGGUUAUUUGUGGGAAUAGGCAAAUUGAGGGUAUUGAUUAUCAUGAAACAUUUGCCCCUGUUGCCAAGAUGACUACUGUCCGCACUCUUCUUGCCGUUGCUGCCUCGAAACGGUGGGAACUUCAUCAAAUGGAUGUUGAUAAUGCUUUUCUUCACGGAUCUCUUGAUGAGGAAGUGUAUAUGUACCCACCGCCGGGUUUCACUUGUGCACAACCUCGCCUUGUGUGUCGUCUCCGUCGUUCACUUUAUGGUUUACGCCAAGCUCCAAGGUGUUGGUUUGCGAAACUUAGCGCAUGUCUGCUAAGUUAUGGGUUCAAGCGGUCCUAUGCUGAUUAUUCUUUAUUUACUAUGCACAAAGACAAUGAUUUCUUAUGUGUUCUUGUCUACGUUGAUGAUCUUCUUAUUGCCGGCUCGAAUUCUCACACCAUUGGUCUUUUAAAAGCUUACCUUGCUAACUGUACGUUUUCCUAUUAAAGAUCUUGGCAGGCUCAAAUAUUUUUUGGGGAUUGAGGUGGCUCGUAAUUCUACCGGCAUUUUUUUUAUCUCAACGCAAAUAUACUUUGGAUAUUCUUGAAGAGCUCGGUCUCUCAGGUGCUAAGCCCUCCUCUUUUCCCAUGGAGCAAAAUCAAAAACUAGCCUUGUCCCAGAGUUCGUAUCUUUCUACACCUGACUCCUACCGUCGUUUAGUUGGGAAGCUUAUAUAUUUAACUUUAACUCGCCCUGAGUUAAGUUAUUCUGUUCAUGUUCUUGCUCAGUUCAUGCAAAAUCCUCGCCAAGAUCACUGGGACGCUGCCAUUCGGGUUCUUCGAUAUCUCAAGGGCAGUCCUGGUCAGGGUAUUCUACUUCGGGCUGAUUCUAAUAUUUCUCUACAGGGUUAUUGUGAUUCCGAUUGGGCUGCUUGCCCACUUAGUCGUCGUUCUUUAACGGGUUAUCUUGAUAUGCUUGGUCAUUCACCUAUAUCUUGGAAAACCAAAAAGCAACUCACUGUUUCCCGUUCGUCUGCCGAAACUGAAUAUCGCUCCAUGGCCACUUUAGGAUGUGAACUUCUUGGCUUCGCAACUUACUUUCUUCUCUUGGGUGCUCGUCUUCUUCGCCUAUGACUGUCUACUGUGAUAAUAAAGUGGCACUUCACAUUGAGAUUGAUUGUCACUUCAUCCGGGAUCUAAUACAGAAUGGCUCUUUGGUCUCUCGGCAUAUACCUUCAGCACACCAGUUAGCCGAUAUUUUUACUAACCAUUAGGCGCUCAACAGUUCCGAUAUCUUAUGCACAAGUUGGGCGUUUUGGAUCCCUCCGCUCCAACUUGAGGGGGUGUUAGCAGACUUUCUUCCUAUUACAUAUACGGAGUACAUUGUUUC